UUUCCUUCUUAGAGUGUAAGAUUUCACCCUAUCUUAUAAGGUUCUCCAUCUCCCAAUGGAAUGCCCCAACACCCGGAAACAUCUUCAUUCUUACAGGAUGAACCUACCAUGGGAUGUCAUGUUAGACAUUCUUAUUCGGCUUCCUUUGAAGUCAAUCGUGCGAUUCAGGUGAGUAAACCAAUCAUGGAACAGGAAAUUAAAAUGCCAUUAAUUUCUUAAAGCGCGAAAUGAUUAUGCUGUUGAAAUGGGCAAAUUCAAUCUUAUGAUCCAUCAUCACAAUGAUAUAUAUACCUUUAGUUACGAUGCAUCAUUGUCUACAUGUGAGGAAUCUAAUCAUAUCGAAUACCCCGUUGAAUCUGCCAUGUAUGGAAUUGAGGUAUUAGGUUGUUGUAAUGGCUUGGUUUUAUUAAAACAUGUUAACAAGUUCAAUUUUUAUGUUCUUAUCUUGUGGAACCCGACUACCAAUGAAUGUAAGAGAAUACCUAGUCCACUGAUUGAACCAAAAAGUGUUAGGCGUCAGAGAUAUGUAGAAUAUGGGUUUGGUUAUGAUGAACACAUUGAGGAUUUCAAAGUGGGUACAUUUGAGGGAGGCUUUGCACGAUGGUUGGUGUGAGGUACCGGUCUAUACUCUGAAAGCAAAUUCAUGGAGAAGAAUUGACAGCGUUGAGAUAGAUGGUUUGUAUUAUCCAAAAAUGUCUGACAUGGGUCGCUGGCCUGUUAACGGAGGUUUUCAUUGGAUAGUGCAAAUUGAACGGAGUGAUUUCUUGGACGGAUUUUUCCUUCUUUGUUUCGAAUUUGAGGCAGAAGAGUUCAAUGCGGUACCACUGCUGCCAGAUUUUGAUGUCGAUGCCCUAAUAAAUUUGUGUGUUUUAGGAGGAUCGCUUUGUUGUUUUUGUCAUAAUACUGAGGUCAUAAGGGUGAGGGAGUUGAAGGACAGUGAGGAGGAGGAAUCAUGGACCAAACUUUUCACCAUUGAGGUAAGAAAACAUUUUGGGCCAUUUGCUAGUUAUAUGCCCUUGCAAUUUUUAAACAGUGGAAAGAUUGUGUCAGGCUUACAGCUGAGUGAUGGAUGUUUACAUAUUGUUCUAUAUGACCCAAAACAUGUCACAUUUGAAACUAUUAAAGUCCAUGAUGCGGGUUGCCCUGGCAAUACAUCUGUCUAUGUGGAGAGCCUAUUUUCACUUGGUACGGGUACUUAUCUAGGGCAGGUACAAUGGGAGGCCUCCCAUGAAGAAGAUAGGAACGAUUCCUCAGGUGAAGAUGAUGAUGACAAGAAUACUGGUGGUGGUGGUGGUGGUGAAGAAGAAUAAAGUCUUUAGGUUGAGGAGAACAUCAUGUCAAUGUGAGUGUUACUCACUGGUCCAUGGUAAAAAUUCAUGUCCUCUUACCUCAAUGGUCCACUAGAAUACUGGUGGUGGCGAUGGUUAGAUGUGAAUUGAUGUUUCUGGUUGUUUGGUUUUGAAUUUGUUGACGCUAUUGUUUAUUAGGUUAGUAAGAUCUGUAAUGGAGUCUUUUUUCUGUUAUUUGUGGAACAGAAAAGGAUUGAGACGAAUUUUAUCUUGUUUUGUCUUUGCCAUAUUAAAAAUUCAUGUCUUAUGCAUCUGUUCCAAGUUUAUGUUUUCUGAAACUCAGGUGUUUAAAGUUCGAAGUUCUGUA